ACGUCUCUGCUCGGCCCUUUCAUCAGGGGUCCUGUAAGCUAACGCUGUUUGUUAGCUAAUUUGCUAGCUAGCAGCUACGCACGCAGUUGUUGAGGUAGAAAUGGUGUUGAUGGUUGUCCACAGCUGAGAAUGAGCACGAAACAUGUCAGGGAUGACCUGACGACAGUAGCAUCUGGCUUCUUUGACCUGUUCCACCAUCAUCCCGGCUCUGUCGGAUAGGACGACCCUCCCGCAUCUUACCUGCCGAGGCCUGUUUUCCUCCACCCUGACUCUGCCGCAGCCCAGGCCCACAGAGAGCUUCUGCCAACGUCCUUUAUAGGAAAGAGACAAUGUAUUGCCUACAGUGGCUACUCCCUGUGCUACUCAUCCCCAAGCCGCUGAACCCAGCGCUGUGGUUCAACCACUCCAUGUUCAUGGGCUUCUACCUGCUCAGCUUCCUGCUGGAGAGGAAGCCCUGCACCAUCUGUGCCUUGGUCUUCCUGGCUGCCCUCUUCCUCAUCUGCUAUAGUUGCUGGGGCAACUGCUUCCUCUACCACUGCCAGGAUGCCACACUGCCGGACGCUGCCCACGACCCAGCGAUUGUCGGGACCUAGGAGAGUAAAGGGGUUGGGGACUGGGGGUUGGGUGCGCUGCGAAGGGUGAUGAGGCAUUGCUGGAGAUAGAUACUGCUAUGCUGUAAGAGUGGACGGACUACACUUUGGGGGGGGAAGCGGCAUAGAGGCGGUGUUGGGUGUUGAAGGACUGCUGGAGGGGAACACCACAGAUACAGAGAGCCUGAGGCCAAAGGCUUUAUGGAAGAGUGGAAGAGCCUGUUCAGGAGGAUUAUGGGGGGCUGUUUUGCCAUGCUGUAAAGACAGACUUGAAUUUCAGGCGGUAGGAGGACGGGAGGGCGAAGCGAUGUCGGAGACGUUUUGUGUACUUUUAUGUAACGGGAAGAGGCAUCCAAACUUGAAAUACUAAGGCAAGCACAUGUGUGAACUUGGCGUUAAGGUAUUUCAGUUUCAGCAACUUUUCAUUCCAGCAUUUGAAUGAAAACUAGACCACACAUACACCACGUGAAGUAACCGAGAGCGACCACUGUGUUUCAGUAUUCUGGUUCCUUUCUAACCCUCUGACUUGUUUACUUCCAACAUUGUUCAAGAGAAACGUCACUUUCUCCAAAAACCUGCAGGUUCAUCCACCUCAAACUGCCAAACGUCACCCAGCCCUCCCGAAAGCUGCAGGCAGAGUCGGACGUUUCAAGUUUCUCCCGUAGCCGUACUUGCUUCUCAGUCCCGUACCGUUGCAGUUAUUGACUAACUUCAUAGGGCAGGUAGUGUGUCUGUCCAUUGGAGCAACAUCCCUUUCACAGCCCCUCUCACCAAACUCUGCCGCCACUUUGGCUCUGCACACGUAACGCUACCCUCAACCAGGAGAGCACAGACACUGGACAAUCAAUAACUAUGCUGUGAAUAAGUCCUCCUUUGUCAUAGCUACACAAAUGCCCCACAGAAGGUGUAAUACAGCUGAGAAACUGUCCUGUCAUUACCCACAGUGCUCUGCAUCCGCCCCCUCCUUGUCCUCCUGUCUCCUCCCGCCCCAGAGUGAAUGUCCCCCACCGCCACACUCGCCAUCUGAACUUUUUGUUUUCUUGUGCAUGGGUUGCUGUUAGUUUUUUUUUUCCUCCAAGCAUUAAGUUCACACACAGAUUUUAAUUAAUAAAAACAAAAAUGCUGAAAGUUUCCAAAGGGUAGAAUAAUCUGGAUGUAUGAGCGUGUGUAGGGAGUGUGAAAGAAAAUUUGUGUUAUGUGCGAUAGGUGUGUAGUUUUUGUGAUCAUGACAUGCUGAUAAGCGUAAAAAUGUGGUGAUACACAAGGUGACGUAGCAACAGAUGGUCAGUAUUUCCAGCAGUGAUACUGUCAGUAAAGCGUGUGCUGGUGGCGGAAAUGAUUUUCAGACAACACGUUUAUUAUUCAUUCAAAGGGCGACGCUGUCAUGAAGAAAGUGUUUUGUUUAGCUGUCAGACACAGGCUAAGGCAUUCAUACUGUGUACCUGUUGCCGUGUGUUUGGCCUCCUGUCGCAGUGCUGAACAUGCUCACUGCUACAUUAUUGCUUUGGUUUUAAUUUAAAUAAAGUUUUUCCUCUCA